AAUCAAACAUUAACGUGAAAAAUACCUAAAGCCUAUUUUAGAAUCUUUCAGUAAAACCUCGGACGUGACUUACUGCGUAAGCACUGAAAACUCCCUGCACAUUUUGUGCAGUUGGCUUAUUAGGUUGGCAUUGACCCUGAGCUGGAGGGAGGCUGGUGCUGGCGUUUAGCUGUUGUGCAGUAAUGGGGAGGUUUGGUUUAAUGCCACUGUCUGUGAUAAUAGCAGCCUCUCUCUGUGCUGCUUCUCUUUCAUCUUCACCGACGGAAGCUGUUUCUGCAUCAUCUGCUCAUACCUUUGUCAAGAAAACCAUUUCCUCCCACAACAUCGUCAUUUUCUCGAAGUCUUAUUGCCCGUAUUGUAAGAGGGCAAAAAAUGUUUUCAAAGAGUUGAAUCAAUCACCACACAUUGUCGAGCUUGAUGAGAGAGAUGAUGGCUUUAACAUUCAAGAUGAAUUGAGCAAUAUUGUUGGGAGGCGUACUGUACCACAGGUCUUCAUAAAUGGAAAGCAUCUUGGGGGUUCUGAUGAUACUGUUGAAGCAUAUGAAAAUGGAGCAUUGGCCAAGCUUCUUGGCAUUGUUGUGAAUGAGGAGGAUGAUCUCUGAGCUCGGAGAGUACAUUUCAGGGUACCUUUGAAUAUGGUGCUUAUAACCCAUUUUCCCCCUUUACAUGAAGCAGUCUUGUUGUUAAACACUUGAAACAAGUGCUGCAACAGGGUUAUUUUGUUUUUCUAAUAAAAUAUUGGAUGAUGCAGUCCAUUCUUGGACGGAGGGCUCUCAUGAACAAGUUAGAACAUUCUAAAAAAUAUUAUAUAAUAGACAACCUUUUCAUUUGGCACUUGGUGCUUAAA